AUGGCACCGCCAAGUGGUGUUGUAAAAUCGGGAAAUACGUCAAGUGGAAAAGUAUCAUCAGGUCCAAAGAUUGGACAAGGCACACCCGCAAGAGCAACAAGAUAUUCUUUACCCGUUCGUGCCGAUAAACCGGUAAGAACGAGUAAGACGACCGGAAAGCAUGUCGUUUUGCCCAGUGAAAGUCAAUUGGCACCUUUGCCCGGCGAGGAAGAUGAUGAAGAAGAGGAAGAUGACGAUGAUGAUGACGAAUCAUCAAGUGAAGAAGAAUCGGAUCAAGCAUCCGCAAAGGCGAGAUCUGCCUACCCGGGCAUGCGUGGCCCAGCACAUGCAAGAGCACCACCACGAGUACCAAAAGCAUCUGGUCCAGUCUUUCACACCUUUGAACGUUUGGCACCUUCAGCACGUUUGCAUACGCCUUUGCCUCGUUUGACAUCAUAUGCCAUCGCACCUUCUAUCCACCUUCCGACUUUGAUCGGCUUCUUGCGCAGAGAACAUGGUGUUCGUCCUAGAUUGUACGACGAAUGUGCUUAUGUGGUGUAUUUCAAGCCGCUUCUACCUGGCUUUGGUAGAGCAGAAGUGAGAAGCGCUCCAGAGCCACGAUACGGCAGCCCUGGCGCUGAAUCAAGAAGAGAACGUGAGAUCGUCGAACGUGAAGAAAGCGGAUAUGUUGGAAGUUACUUUGUAGCAAACAACAAAGACGACGAAGGCGAUGCGAUUGAUGAACAAGGCUAUAUCAUGGGAGGUGAAGGUCGUGGUCAAGAAGAAGAUGAAGAAGAACAAGCAGAAAGGAGAAGGAAACAGCAAGAGUCUAAUGGUAGAGGCGACGUCACUGAAACCGAGACCGAUCGUGAAGGUGAAGAUAGAAUCCGAAAAGACCAUGGAGAAAGAGAAGAAGAAUCUCGACCUUCGCAUCGUACAAGACGUACACGAAAGAGAGUACGCGAGAUGGGACCAAAUAUGGCUUCUCACAAUCAUGAUUGCUCUACCAAUAUGCUCACUUCACGUUCGAUCAUGGAAGCUUUGCAAACUGCCGAAUUGGUUAUUUUGCCCUAUGGAGUGUUGGUGAUGUACAACAUGUCAGCAAGUGAAGAGAGAAGUGUGAUCAACGAUGUUGUGAGCUCUGGCUGCUUACGCGGUGGUCCAUCCUUGGGUGCAGAAGGGGAAGAAACGGAAUCUUUCCACUUUUGCUAUGAUCCUUCCGUCCCUGCACCACGCAUCUUCAACGAUUUCUUCACCUUCAGAGCAUCAAAUCAUCUUUUGAAACUUUCUUUGGCUCAUGCGAUCGCUCAAUCUACGAAGCUGAGCGUAUUCGAAGAGAGCAUGCAACAGACUUUGGAACUAACAAGUCACAUCCCAAAAGAAUUAGCAAGUUCAGGAGAACUGAAUUUGAAAAGACGAGAAGCUUUACGAUUGACGGGAAGAUUGUUCAAACUUCGUGUUGAUGUUAAUUUGACAUCAAACGUUUUGGAUACGCCAGAAUUAUUCUGGAGUGAAGCAUCUUUGAAAGCACUGUACGAUGCAAUUCGAGAAUAUUUGGAAAUCGAUCAAAGAGUGGAAAACUUAAACGAACGUCUUGCAGUAGGAAAUGAUUUAUUGGAAGUGAUUCAUGAUCAUUUAGGAUCUCAAUCAAUGAAUCAAAUCACUUGGAUUAUUAUCAUUUUGAUCGUCGUUGCUUGUUUUGUCGCAUGCGGUGAAAUCUUGGCUAGACUUGUUCUUCACUCCCGCAGUCAAUCAGUCGAAUACAUCAUGCGCAAAUUCUCUUCUGAACAAUUGAUCGAAGCUGCUUCGAUGUUCAUGAUUUCUUCCUCUGCAGGACAAGAUGAUGUAGUGCAGAAUACAAUGGGUCAACUCUUGCUCAAUUGAUCAUCCGAUCCAAUACCUCUACGCACAGAGGCUAUGUACCAUAUCUUUCUUUUUUCAUAUAUCACUCCAUCAAUACAUCACUGAUUAUUUUCAGAAAAAGACAAAAGUUGAUAAAUUAUAGUAUAGUACAAUGUGUAUUUACUGAUUCAAAUCCAAAUCUGCAUAAAUUGACUC